CUGCUCGUUAUGUGCCUGGUUCAACCCUUUUGGGCCUUGUGGGAUUUCCAAUCGGACGCAAAUACGGCUUUGUUUACCUUCUUCCCGGUAAAGAUACGAAAAGUCCCCAUGGCUAUCAUGAUGAAAUGCUGGUCCAAGCACAAUUGCGCGACGGCAGUCAGAACUCAAGAGUAAUUGAUAACCCACCAUGCGGAUUUUGGAAAGACUCCUUCUCCUUUCCUUUCCUCUCACCCUUCACUGUAUACCACUGUCUUUUAGUAAUUGUUAAUCUUCACCAUGCGCCGCACCUUAUCUCCUCUCGCUGUAUUUACUUUGUUAUCGUCACUCUUUCAAGAUGCACUUGGCGACACUUGUGAAAGCAUUGCCGCCACUACGGGAAUCGACAUCAAGAAAUCCCCUGCUCUUCAGUACACUCAAGAGCAGCAGAAUUACUGGUCGACAGGAUGUGGAGCUUUGAAGCCCUCGUGCCAGCUCUACCCAACCACUGCUCAGGAAGUAGCUGCAAUCGUCAGAGUUCUGAAUGAGAACAAUGACACUUUUGCGGUGAAAUCAGGGGGGCACAACGCCAACCAAGGCUUCGCCAGUAUUCAAGGCGGCCCCUUGAUCUCUACCAAGGAGCUCAACGAAGUCAUCCUGGAUAAGUCAGCCAUGACUGUUCGCGUCGGACCGGGUAACGACUGGCAGGAUGUUCACGAUGCUCUCGAAGGUACUGGCACCACAGUUGUAGGAGGCAGAAUCGGAGAAGUCGGCGUCGGAGGCUACGUGCUCGGAGGUGGUCUCAGUUUCUUGUCGACUCAAUAUGGAUGGGCCGCGAACAACAUAGUGGAAUACGAGGUUGUGCUUGCCAAUGCCAGCAUCGUGACCGCAUCCAAGGAUUCACACCCCGAUCUAUACCAGGCGUUGAAGGGUGGAGGCAACGCGUACGGCAUUGUGACAUCGUACACAAUGGUGGCCCAUCCCCAAGGCCAGGUUUGGGGUGGCAACCUUGUUUUCUCGGCCGAUAAGACGACGCAAUUGCUCGCCGCCGUACGCAACUUCACCGAAUUCUACCCGGAUGAGAAGGCCGCCAUUAUCAUGACAGCCCAGCUUUCCGCAUUCGGUGCCAUUGAUAUGUGGAUCAUGUUCCUGCUCUACGAUGGGCCAACUCCACCUGUCGGUGUCUUUGAUUACUUCACAUCCAUCGGGCCUAGCAUCAACAACUGCAAAACGCGAGAUUACGGAGAGCUUCUCAAGUACAACAACUUUGGAGUAUUGAAAGGGUCAAUCUACACUAUCACGACCGAAACUCUGCCACUGCCCAGUGCCGACGACGGAGCUGAGGUCUUGGGCGCUAUUCAAGAUCACUGGCGGAACACCACAGAGGGUGUGUUGGGCGUGACAGGUGUCAUUGGGUCCAUUGCGUGGCAGCCGAUCCCCAAGGUGCUAACCCGCAAAGCGCGCGAAAGGGGAGGUGAUAUGAUUGAUCUGGAUGAUUCGGUUGAUCGGAUCAUCUUGGAGUUCAACUACAGCUACUGGCUCGGACUCGACGAUGAAAAGAUGGACGUGGCCACGCAGGAGCUCUACAAGGGUACCAAGGACAUUGUCACACAAUACACUGAGGCUGGCAAACUAUCCCAAGCAUACCUGCCGUUGUUCGCCAAUGACGGUUACCAUCGUCAGGAUUAUUUCAAUAGGCUGCGCACGACGGACUUCGCGAGAACGGUGCGCGAUCAGUACGACCCAUCAGGGUUCUUUGCGGGGAGGACUGGGGGCUUCAAGAUGUAA